UUUUUCCUUCAGUCACAGCGUGCCAGGAUUUGGAUUCUUGGACUAAAACGUACAAUUCUAUUAAGUUUUUUUGUUGAACAAUUUCAUCUAUACAAUGGAAAGAAGAUGAACAGUUUUGCACGACGGCAAGAGGAGCACCUGAUAUAACUUGCAACCAGGAUUUAAGCCCGACCUCUGUACAAGAGUUGCCAAGUACCUCCUCAAACAUUGAUUGUCGCUGACAAAGAGGGUCUGAGCUAGACUGUAUUUGCUGUGGACUGAGGAGUCAACACACUCACGAGGAUUACAGAAGAUCCGGUUAACUAGUCACACAACAACACAGCCUGAUCUCCAACUGGAGAAAACGCAUUCAGACCGUUAAUUACAUGACAGUUCGCUAUUCACAUGCGGAUUUAGGAGAAGUUUUAAACACUUAUGGUACAAAGGUGGCUGCUGAAGUGAAAUGCUGGGAUAUUGGGAAAUCUGACAUAACCGUUUUUCAAAUUCCCACCAGUUUACUUAGCUGUGCGAAUCCAGAAACGCCUGUGACAGAAAGCAUUAGCACUGUUAAGAUUGUGAAGAGAAAACGGAGCCUUGCAAAUCAUACUGCGUGUGUGUGUACUUGCUGUAUUUCCUGAGCAAUCAUCAAUGGAGUAGACAUCCGUGAGAGUGAAAUUUUGAAGACAUAACAUUCGGAAAAUAUACAGGAGUGCCAGAAACAGGCCUUUUGGCCAAUUUCACCAACAUGGCAGAUGAAGAACUGGAUAGACCACCGUCCACAGGAGCUUAUGAGUACCGUGGUGACGACAAGCACGUGAAGUCCGGAAGCGAGUUCAGUUCGAUGUCGGACAGCAGUCCAAGACGAGAGAGCCCCGGGCCGGUAUUCGGAGUGAACCUGGAUGAACGAUCACUGCUAGAACGUGUGGACAGUGCUCUAAACAGGACAGCAAAAGACAAGAAAGUGAAACAACCCUCUGUGGAAGAGCCUGACAAAGGCCCGCCUCUUCAGAAAGGAGUCUACAUCUUCCCAAACGGAGAUAAAUAUGACGGUGAAUAUUCUCAGUCAGAUACCGGGGUACUGGAACGAAACGGGAUUGGAACGCACACGACGAAGGACGGCGUUGUCUACACGGGGCGGUGGGUGCAGGACAAGAUGAGCGGACAGGGGAAACUCGAGCAUCCGUCGGGCGCGGUCUACGAUGGCGAGUUCUACAACAACACGUUCCACGGGCGCGGCAAGUACGUCUGGCCAGACGGAUCCUUCUACGAGGGAAACUGGGAGGAAAACAAGAUGGAGGGCGAUGGAGAGUUUAUUGACACUGAGGGACAGACGUGGACGGGCACUUUCCGACAUCGGGCAGCCCCGGGUCUUCGCUUCAAACUCAACUUGGAGAUUUGAUGGCUAAUUGACGGCAGGCACCUUCCAAGAUUUAACAGCCCUGGGGGCUGCUAUGAGACUGCGUGGACAAAAUUAUAUUAUUUUCAAGCUUUAAAUCAUGUGGCUUGUAUGUAAAUAUGGCAGAGUUGUCGAUUUAGGGAGUAGCUUAGAACUACAACGGAUUGUAAAGCUUGUACAUUCGACAAAAUGGCAGCAAAAAGUGCAUCAUGCACAAAAACUGUUGGCUGUAACAGUUACUUUUUUAAUUAAAUAUUUGGGUUGUCCCUAAUAUUGACUGGUUGCUUGAAUAUCUUUUAAAUGGUACUAGUAUUAGUAAGCUUAUUAACUCUUGAGAUUAUAGAGUGUUUGAAGCUUCGUACAUAUACGCAGUUGUGCAUCCAUAAUGUUUUGCACAAUUAUGUAAUAAAAGUUUUUAACACUUUU